GAUAGUUUUCAUCUCUGUUCCCGACGACGAUGAGCACUGUGGUUUGCCGUAUUCAGCUGCCGUGUUCUCACUACCCGCAACUCCGACCGAGGGAAAAUCACCCUUACGGUCAACUUACAGUUACAAAUGAGUUUAGCUCACUCUUGUGCUAGAGCACUUGCACAUUGGCAACGGCCGCAGCUGCAACAUGCAUGCCGACUACAAAAUAACCUGCCGAGCAAUGCUUUCUCCACGUCGUCGGUGUUGCCAGGUAAUCGAGCUAUAGUCUACAAUACCAAUGGUGACCCAGCCCGCGUCCUGUCCGCAUUCUCCUUCCCUGAUCUCCCACCUCCACCUCCAAACACCUUAAACAUAAGGCUUCUACUCGCACCCAUCAAUCCAGCGGACCUCAAUGUUAUUGAGGGCGUUUACCCCGCGAAGCCAGAGCCUGAUACCUCCCUCUCCCAGGUCAAGGAUCAUCCACUAUUCGUGGGGGGGAAUGAGGGCCUGGGCAGAGUGAUUCAUAUCGGGGAGGGUGUGGUCGGUCUGCAAAAGGGUGAUUGGGUCGUUAUGUCCAAGGCUCAGAGCGGAACGUGGUCGUCGGCGAAGAAUGUAUCCCCGUCAGAUGUCAUAAAGGUUCCCAAGCAGGGUUUGUCAGAGGCCCAGGCUGCUACGAUUACCGUCAACCCCUCAACAGCUUACAACAUGCUGCACGACUUUGCCCAACUUGUAGAAGGAGACUGGAUUGUGCAAAAUGGUGCGAAUAGCGCCGUCGGUCAAGCUGUGAUCCAAAUCGCAGCUGCCAAGGGGUACAAGACUAUCAACUUUAUUCGCGACCGUGAGGAUGUUGAAUCGCUGAAAAAACAUCUGGAAUCACUGGGUGCAACGCACGUUGUGACAUAUGACGAACUCUCUGACAAAUCCUUGAGAGAGAAGGUCAAAACGUGGACUGGAGGCAAGGGUAUCCGCCUUGGUCUCAACUGUGUUGGCGGCAAAACGACCACCCUCAUGGCUCGACUACUCGGUAACAACGCGCAUCUUGUGUCAUACGGGGCGAUGUCCAAGGAACCUCUUUCGCUUCCAACGUCGCUCUUUAUUUUCAAGAACCUUACUUGUCACGGGUUCUGGCAAACUCGUUGGUAUAACGGCAAAUCCAUAGAAGAACGCCAGGAACUGCUUGAAACGCUGACUACCCUCAUGCGAGAUGGGAAGCUUCAGGGCCCUGACCAUGAGAUUUUGACGAUUGGGGGGAUGGACAGUGAUGCCAAUGCGUCUGAAACGAUUCGUGACCUUGUAGCACGCUUAGGCCGAGGGAUGUAUGGGAAGAAAAUACUUCUGAGGAUCGAAGAAACUGCAUGACAUGGGGAUGAUGCCCCUGUCGGCUUCAGUUGUGCCCGGUUGAUCAUUACCAUAUGUCCUAUCCCACUAGAUAAGACUUACCAUAUGCCGUCCGCUAGCAUUGAACUGCCACAACCAUUAUAAUAUUUUCCGUGUCCAAGUUUAACUGACCCGGAUGCUGAGAAUUGAAGUUGGCUUCCUCAUUU